AUGGAGGAUCAUAUCAUUGUUCUGAAUGUGGCAAAACGUUUACAAGCAAGAGUCACCAUCUUAUCAGACACCAGAGGAUUCACACUGAAUAAAAGUCAUAUCGGUGUUCUGAAUGUGAUAAAGCUUUUAUUCAGAAGUCACAUCUUAUCAGACACCAGAGGAUUCACACUGGAGAGAAGCCAUAUCAGUGUUCUGAAUGUGAUAAAGCUUUUAGUCAUAAGUCACAUCUUAUCAGACACCAGAGGAUUCACACUGGAGAAGCCAUAUCAGUGUUCUGAAUGUGAUAAAGCUUUUACACAGAAGUCAAAUCUUAUCAGACACCAGAAGAUUCACACUGGAGAGAAGCCAUUUUAA